AGGAGGGGUGGGAUGGCUUUCAGAGUGUGCUGUGAAGAAAAAUCCCUCAUCACCCAAUCGGAAACAGGAGGACUUUUUUAUUGAGCCGUGAUUGAGCCAAUGACAGCCCAGUGCCGGGAAAUACAGCAGUGAAACACCAGGGGCUGUGGUGCUGAGCAAAGACUGCUGGGUGUGAGACUGGAAAUCUCUCCAAGUGCCCUGCGCGCUCUGCGAAGUUUCUUUCUUCAUCCCCCCUCUGCAUCACCACCCUCCUCUUGGUGCAGUGAGGACACACACGCUACAGAGGGUUCCUGAGUGGUCAAGCCAGAGAUUAUGAAGUGGAACCUCUUUAAAAAGAAACCAGAAGCCAUGGUGGGCCCGGAGCCCACGGGACUCGGCGUCACACACGCGUCACACACCAUGACGAUGGCCCCCGCCGUCUCCACGCCUGCGGACAACUCCACCGAAUCUGAGGCGCCCGUCAACAAGAAUGAUGUCUUUGAGGAAAUCAAAAGCAAGUUCCUCAAUGAGAUCGAUAAAAUCCCAUUGCCUCCAUGGGCGCUCAUCGCCAUUGCUGUCGUGGCCGCGCUCCUCGUCCUCACCUGCUGCUUCUGUAUCAUUAAGAAAUGCUGCUGUAAGAAGAAGAAGAACAAGAAAGGCAAAAAGGGAAAGGACGGCUUCAACAUGAAGAACAUGCAGGGUGGCGAUAAAAACCAGGAUGAUGAUGAUGAAGAAGGAGAAACUGGUUUGACAGAAGAGGAGAAAGAGGAAGAGGAAAAAGAAGUGGAGAAACUUGGAAAGCUUCAGUACUCUUUGGAUUAUGACUUCAAUGAUAACAAGCUGACAGUGGGAAUCCUGCAAUGUGCCGACCUGAUUUCCAUGGACUCCGGUGGAACAUCCGAUCCUUACGUUAAAGUGUUCAUCCUACCAGAUAAGAAGAAAAAGUUUGACACCAAGGUCCACAAAAAGACCCUCAACCCAGUGUUCAAUGAAACCUUUGUCUUCAAGAUGCCCUACGAGGAGCUGGGUGGGAAGACGCUGGUCAUGUGUGUGUACGACUACGACCGCUUCUCCAAACACGACAUCAUCGGUGAGGUAAAACUACCCAUGAACACUCUGGAUCUGGGUCAGCCGAUUGAAGAGUGGAGAGACCUGGAAAACGCUGAGAAAGAGGAACCUGAGAAGCUUGGAGACAUCUGCAUCUCCCUGCGGUACGUUCCUACUGCGGGCAAGCUGACCGUCUGUAUCCUCGAGGCCAAGAACCUGAAGAAGAUGGACGUGGGCGGCUUGUCUGACCCGUAUGUGAAGAUCCAGCUGUUGCAGAAUGGAAAGCGCCUAAAGAAGAAGAAGACUACGGUGAAGAAGAACACACUGAACCCGUACUACAAUGAAUCCUUCAGCUUUGAGAUCCCUCUGGAGCAAAUGCAGAAAAUCAUUGUGGUGGUGACGGUCUUCGACUACGACAAGAUCGGCAAGAACGAUGCCAUCGGGAAGAUCUUCAUUGGCAGCAAAGCCCAAAGCACAGCGCUGAAACAUUGGUCCGACAUGUUGGCCAACCCGCGCCGCCCCAUCGCCCAGUGGCAUCCACUCCAACCCGAGGAAGACAUCGACGGCGCUCUGGCUGCCCUGAAUGCCAAGAAGUAACUCUUCCCAUCUCAGCCUGACUAACCCACUAACUAACCCACCCACCGCUGCAUGACACACACACUCAUCCGUACGCCCGCUGACCUCCAAAAACACUGAAUACUCGAAAGAAAAUACUACUGAACAAUAUCACAUGUUCGCCACAAACCGAGGCAGGAGAAAUGGAAAAAAUGCGACACAUUUGGUCAGAAAGAGCGUUUGGGAAUGUAAAUGUGCACCUAAAGUAGACGUAGCCAGCAAGAAGGACAUUUUGCCCACCGUUUUUUAUCUUGCAGGCUAAAUUUCCCAGACACACAAAAUAUCAGUAAACGUAAAAAAACACAUUUUUGUUGCAACAUGUCACAUUAUUCUACAUUUUCAGCUAGCUAACUGGAUUUUAUGUUACAUGAGGUUUUUAUUUCAGGAUUUUUGUGCCUAAUUAAAAGUGCAAAUAAUGCUAAAAAUCGACACAUUUGCACAUUUAACAAAGCAAUGAUCUCAUUCAGUUAAGCAUCCCAGGAGUAAAGUAAACUAGUGUAAGACGGAGUUGUUUACAUGUCAAAGCAGGCCUUCGGGUCAGAGUUGAAUCAUUAGACACGUUGGCAUUUAUGUGCCCAAAAGAAAGCAGAUUCAGGUCUAUGGUUUUGUAAUAGUGCAGACUAUAUUAAUAAAUGAGAUGUUGCAAUAUACUGUACAUUAAUGUUAAAUUCCACACUAGUCAAGCAUGUUUACACAUAGUCAGACACACUCUUUUACUGUAUCGCUGCGAUUACAGUGCCAAAUCCGAUGUUCGCAUCUCUCUCAUAUAUAAAUCUGGCAGGCUUCGUGUUCACUAAAGCUGGCUGUGAAUGUUUCCUGGGAUUUUCGUGAUCUCUGUGUAUUUCAAUACACUGCCUUGAGCUCAAACUCAGCCGGGCUCGUUCGGUAAACUGCUAUCUCCGAGAUGCCAAAGUGUUUAGUGGAAAGGAAUGGUAAGUGGCGUGUGGUAAACUUCACCCACAUUUAAAAAUAAAGCAAUCCGAAGCGUUCAGAUCCACUCCAUGCUUGUGUAUAUAUAUGCAUCGAUCAAAGCGGUUUCUACAGCAUGUCCCUAUAAAUUGAUGUACAUAGAAGCAUGUUUUAAAGAUAGAGCAGAAUUAUAUUGUGUACGUGUGGCAUUUGUCAUUUUGAUAAUAAAAUGUAGAGGAAAGAUAUAAUGCACUGAAUGCACAUUUUAUGAAAUCGACAUUUAAGAAUAUAUUAAUAUAGAGUUUUUAAAAGUAAAAAAACGACUUUUGAAUUAAGAGCUGCGUGUAACGUCAGUUUGACUUGAUUGAUUUGCAUUUAUUUUCGUUUUACUGUCCAGUCAACAUGUGUUUGUCUCUGUGUUUAUUCUGUGAAAAUGCUCAGUUUGUGAAUUUACAGGAAUGUUUCACCACAAAGGUCACAUUUCACCACCAAAUCAGAAGAAUCGAAUAGAAAUGUGACUUUUUUUUGCAUUAAAAUAACGAUAAUUAUGCUUAAUUUGUAUGCUACCAAUGCAAAAUAAAUAAAAAUAGGCUGUUUUCUCUCGGUGAAAUAUUCUUUUGAUUUCGAUGUGAAACGUGACCUGAACGCUGUGGUUCGUCUGAUGAUGUACAGUGUGUAAAAGCGCUUUCUGAAACUAGAAGCCAUAUGCAUGGGCCCUCGCAAGAGCUCAUCGUUUCUGGAUGAAAACAAACACCUCGACAGAAAUCAAUAUUAAUAACCUUCACGCAUUUGAGCCAAAAUGAAGAAGUGCGACUGUCUGUUCAAAGACGGGUUUUUGUUUUGUAACUCUUCACAACAUGUGAAUAUUGAAAGUGAUGCCCUCAUGUUUUCUCAAUAACAUAUAUUCUCACGAUUGCUUGCAAAAACACAUGUACAAUGGCAUGACUUUAUUAUGCAAUGUGUGUGUACAGCUAACAGCUCAUUGUACAUUUAAUUUGGGGUGUUUUUGAGUCGAGAGUUUGCAUAUGAUUUAAAAAAAAAUUAAGAUUUGUUAUCACAACAUUUUUUCUUUUGUCAAAUCAACUUAAAUAAUUUACUUAGUUCAGAUAACUUAUUAUUUUGAGUUUCAUUGUAUUAACUCACUUUUUCCAUUUCAAUCAACUUAAAAUUUGAAGGCAACCAGGCUACUUCAUUUUUUAAGUUAAACCAACAUUAUUUUUUAACAGUGUGAAUAACUACACUUUUAAACCUUAGUUUUCCAUUUUAUUUCCAUAUGCUGAUUGUUUGUCUUUAUCAAAGUACAUAUAGAAGCCAAGAUGGAUAAUUAAUCAUCACAGAUAGUCUUUUAAUGGCCAAAUGUGUUUUUGUUCUCAUAUUUUUUUGUAUUCUCCAUUGAAUGUUCGGUCUGUUGUGUGUAAUAAUUGCAUUUUUUUUAUAUGCCUCUCUGUUUGGUUGAACAGCCUAACUGCUACUUGGGAAUAUUUGUCUGCUUCUGUGCGUUGUACUUUGCAAUAGGACCAAUGUAGGAUAAUGUGUUAAUGUUUCUUGUGUGGACGUGAAUCAAACUGCAGGGGUCUGGUGUUCCCCUGCGGUGCAAGCAACAAAAUCCCAGUCUUCCCUGGGACACUGUGGAUGCCAGUCGACUGGCCCCGCCCCUUCCCUCUCUGUGUUCAGACAGGUUUCCAUUCUUAUGUGGGAUCAUAUAGUCAGAAAGACCUUCCCAAUGCAAUACUGCCAACGUCUCGGCUUACUAACAUCUCCUAACACUCCCGAUUCAUCGCGUAAAGACUCUUCCAAAGAACUGAUGCCUUCCUUUCGUUUUCCGUUCGUCCUGUGUGGAGGUUCAGUGUUGUCGACUCCUUUCGUGGAUGCUUUGGCAUGCUUUCGAUUCCCCUUCUACAAAUGAACACAUCGGCCAGUGAAGAAAAAGAAAGCCUUUCCUCUGGCGAUUCGUGUAGCUUAUUCUUGUCAUCCUGUACAACCAAUGUGAAAACCAACCAAUAGAACGUCUACAUGCAGAUUUAUCCACGAUUAGUUAAUCAUAGGAAAUAAAGAUCUUUUAAAUAUA